UCUUUUCCUCGAGGGAAAGAGUUCUGUCAUCUCCAACUGACAUGGCCUUGGACAUCCCGUCGUCUAGGACAAGUUCUUGCCUUUGUCCCCGAGGAGGGUUUGCUCUGCCUUUGCUGGGUUCUCUGGACUCCACCGCUGUUGUGCAUCGGGGUUUCUGCUGUCACCAAGUGAAGGAAAGACCUGUGCAAAUAGGUGGCCUUGUGGUCUGAUCCUCAUGGCACUUUCUCCUCUUGUCAUUGCAGGUGGCCUUCAUGGUGAACAAAACACAUGACCCCGAGUACCCGAGGCGGAAGGUGUCCGGCAUCAGUGCUCAGAAAGUUGUUCCACCUUCCACCAAGAUGCUGGAUGAGGAGGACACUGACAAAGACGGGAUGAGUUUGGAGGUCGACACUCCAGUGACGAACCAUCGGGGUGACGACGACGAUGACGAAGAAGAUCUCCCCGAGAUAGUGCUGGAUGACGUGCCUGCGGUGAGGGUGGCGGGACGGCCUCCAUUCGCUCCGCGGGUGGCCUUCAUGGUGAACAAAACACAUGACCCCGAGUACCCGAGGCGGAAGGUGUCCGGCAUCAGUGCUCAGAAAGUUGUUCCACCUUCCACCAAGAUGCUGGAUGAGGAGGACACUGACAAAGACGGGAUGAGUUUGGAGGUCGACACUCCAGUGACGAACCAUCGGGGUGACGACGACGAUGACGAAGAAGAUCUCCCCGAGAUAGUGCUGGAUGACGUGCCUGCGGUGAGGGUGGCGGGACGGCCUCCAUUCGCUCCGCGGGUGGCCUUCAUGGUGAACAAAACACAUGACCCCGAGUACCGAGGCGGAAGGUGUCCGGCAUCAGUGCUCAGAAAGUUGUUCCACCUUCCACCAAGUGAAUGA